AUGAACGUGUCCAGUGUGGAUUUCAGUAUGGACACGGUGCCACUACGGCAGUCCUCCACAGCAAGCAUCGGCCGGAUCAAACCAGAACUGUACAAGCAGAAGUCAGUGGACUCUGAGGAUGAAGGGAAGCCUCCUGUGGAGACCUGUGGGAAACUCAGCUUCUCUCUCAGAUAUGACUACGAGGAGCAGGCUCUAGUGGUCACUAUACUGAAGGCGUUAGACCUGCCUGCUAAAGAUUUUUCAGGUACGUCCGAUCCAUAUGUAAAGAUCUAUCUACUGCCCGAGAGGAAGAAAAAGUACCAGACCAGAGUUCACCGAAAAAACCUUGACCCCGUUUUUGACGAGAGCUUCUGCUUCCCCGUGGCCUAUGAUGAGCUCUGCAACCGUAAGCUGCACUUCAGUGUCUACGACUUUGAUCGCUUUACCAGCCAUGACAUGAUUGGAGAAGUUGUGGUGGACAACCUUUUUGAACUGUCUGACCUUUCCCGUGAGGCUGUAGUCUGGAAGGAUAUCCAUGGAGCAACUAUGGAGAGUGUGGACCUGGGGGAGAUCAUGUACUCGUUGUGCUACCUCCCCACAGCAGGAAGGAUGACCCUAACAGUCAUCAAAUGCAGAAACCUCAAAGCCAUGGACAUCACAGGCUCCUCUGAUCCAUAUGUGAAAGUAUACCUGAUAUGUGAUGGACGGAGAUUAAAGAAGCGGAAAACUACCACAAAGAAAAGCACUCUCAACCCAGUGUACAACGAGGCCAUCAUUUUCGACAUCCCCCCUGAAAAUGUGGAACAAGUCAGCCUGUCCGUUAUAGUCAUGGAUUAUGAUAGGGUUGGGCGCAAUGAAGUGAUAGGUGUUUGUCGCUCUGGUCCUGACGCUGAGGGGUUAGGAAGAGAUCACUGGAACGAAAUGUUGGCGUAUCCACGGAAACCCAUCACACACUGGCAUGCGCUGGGAGAGUGGCCAGGAAGAGCAGCAAGCUUUGAAAGUCAAGGUUCGUGUUCUUCACCCAAACCGCCACAUACUCCAUGA